GCAAGCGAUAUUUAAAAUUCUGCUAACACAGCGUUGGUUAUAGUUGUUGCGGAGUGUUCGUGAUCCUGGGCCUUGGCGGGUUUAGGUGUCUUGUCUUUAGAUUUUAUCAGUCGGUUUUAAACGUUCUUUUCCCGCAGAUGGCUACUCGUCGGGCUGCAAUUCCCCGUGAAGCAGAUAAUAUCCUUGGGGGCGCAAUGCGGUCCAAAGUUCAAAUCCAUGGCAAAAGAGCUGCUUUGGGUGAAAUUGGCAACAAAGUGACCGUGCGAGGAAAACCACAUGCAGUCAAGCCUUCCAAUGUUGUGGCAAAGCCGUCAAAGACUGUGGCAACUAAAGUUGCAAAUGUUAAGCCAAAGCCUGUACUUGUGAAACCAACAGUAGCUGAAGCUCACACCAAAGUGCCUUCCCCUGUGCCAAUGGAUGUGUCUAUGAAAGAGGAAGAGCUGUGCCAGGCAUUCUCCGAUGCUUUGACCAGUGUUGAAGACAUUGAUGCAGAUGAUGGUGGCAACCCUCAAUUGUGCAGUGACUAUGUGAUGGACAUCUAUAACUACCUAAAGCAACUGGAAGUCCAACAGUCUGUACGCCAAUGCUUUCUGGAGGGAAAAGAGAUUAAUGAGCGUAUGAGGGCUAUCCUAGUUGACUGGCUUGUUCAAGUGCAUUCUAGGUUUCAGCUUCUUCAGGAGACUUUGUACAUGGGUGUUGCCAUCAUGGAUCGCUUCUUGCAAGUUCAGCCAGUCUCCCGCAGCAAGCUUCAGUUGGUUGGUGUUACUUCCCUAUUAGUUGCUUCCAAAUAUGAAGAGAUGUACACCCCAGAGGUUGCAGACUUUGUUUAUAUCACCGAUAAUGCCUACACUGCAUCUCAGAUCAGAGAAAUGGAAAUGAUUAUCCUUAGAGUCCUCAACUUUGACCUUGGACGUCCAUUACCUCUCCACUUCCUGAGACGGGCUUCAAAAUCUUGCAGUGCUGAUGCAGAGCAACAUACUCUUGCAAAAUAUUUGAUGGAGCUUACACUCGUAGACUAUGAAAUGGUACACUUCAAUCCUUCAGAAAUUGCAGCUGCUGCACUCUGCUUAUCCCAAAAAAUUCUUGGCCAGGGAAGCUGGGGUGCUACUCAACACUAUUACACAGGCUACACAGAAGGGGACUUGCAACUGGUCAUGAAGCAUAUGGCCAAGAACAUAACCAAAGUCAAUCAGAAUCUAACUAAGCAUGUGGCUGUGCGAAACAAGUAUGCAAGCAGUAAACUGAUGAAGAUCAGCACCCUUCCUCAGCUGAUGGCUCCUCUUGUCACAGACCUUGCUGCAAGUCUCUCUUAGAACUUUUAAGUGACCCUUUCAAGGAGAACCACUAAUUGCACUUUUAAACGCUGCCACUGGCAAAUGCUGCUGUUUCUGUAAAUAUGUUUAAACUGUUUUUUAUUGACUCAUUUGUGAACUUUUGAGUACAUCAAUGCUGUAAUGUCUUCAAAUAAACUUCACAUUUUUAUUUA